AUGAUUUUGUGGCCAACAUUUCAUAGAAGAAUCACUCAUUUGCACAUUCACAAAGCAAUGCUAGGUCAACUCUUUAUGAUCUCAUCGAUUAUGAUUGUUUUGAUAAUCUAUUGGAGUCAAGUGAACGAUGUGGAAACUUCAAUUCUUUGUUCAAGUGGUGCUUAUCCGUCAUUGAUCAAUCGAGUCGAGGGUACGAUGAAUAUCACGAUUUCCUCAUUUGCAAUGCUUUUCUACAUACCUGUGCUUUUUCAAAUUAAGAAAGUGAGUUUACAAAUG